AUGUGCUUUGGCAUUCGCAGCAGCAAGGACAAUGGCGACACCGCCCGCUCCCGCGACAUUGAUCGCAUCCUGCGCCAGGACGAGAAGCGCAUGGCCAGGGAGGUCAAGUUGCUACUGCUAGGAGCCGGUGAAUCAGGCAAAUCGACAAUCCUUAAGCAGAUGAAGCUCAUUUACGCGCAAGGCUUCAACGACCAUGAGAGGCUCGAGUGGAAGCUUGUCAUCUUCAGCAACAUCGUCCAGUCCUUUCGCACCAUAUCAGGGGCCAUGACCGAAAUGGGCUACGAGUUUGACAACUCGGACAACGAGAAAUACAUGGCCCACAUCCUCGUGGAGCGCGAGGUCGGCCUACAAGAGAGCCUGCCACGGGAUUAUGUCGAGCCUAUCAAGGCGCUCUGGCAGGACGGCGGCGUCAAGGCGGCCAUUGCCAAAGGAAACGAGUACGCGCUGCACGACAACCUGGCAUACUUCCUCGACGAUAUAGACCGCAUAUGGGCCGAUGGCUUUGUCCCCAGCAACCAGGACCUUCUCCGCUCCCGCUUGCGGACGACGGGCAUUACCGAAACUAUAUUCGACCUGGGCCAGCUCACCUAUCGCAUGUUUGACGUCGGCGGCCAGCGAUCGGAGCGCAAGAAGUGGAUCCAUUGCUUCGAGAACGUCAACUGCCUCCUCUUCCUCGUGGCCAUCAGCGGCUACGACCAGUGCCUGGUGGAAGACAAGGAUGGGAACCAAAUGAACGAGGCUCUUAUGCUAUGGGAGUCAAUUGCCAACUCUCACUGGUUCGCGAAAUCGGCCAUGAUUCUCUUCCUCAACAAGAUGGAUCUGUUUAAGGAGAAGCUCUCCCACAGUCCCAUCGGCCAGCAUGGCUUCACCGACUACCACGGGCCGGAAGACGACUGGAAGGCAGCGAGCAAGUACUUCCUCGACAAGUUCCGCGCCCUCAGCCGGAACCAGGAAAAGGAGAUUUACGGCCACUUCACCAACGCUACAGAUACCAACUUGCUCAAGAUCACCAUGGGCUCCGUGCAGGACAUGAUAAUUCAGCGCAACCUCAAGCAGCUCAUUCUGUGA